UUGCUUGAUCAAUUUUUACUUUUAAAAAAGCCAGAAAAAAUAUGUGGAAACAUCGCAUUCGAAAGCAAUGAUAACUUUCAGCAACAACACCCCCUUUUUGGAAUGACGGGAUUUUUCGAAGCGGGAAAGAACAUAGAACAUCUAUGGCACAACAAAAUAUUAUGGCAACAGAGUAAUCUUAGCGGAACCAAAACAAUUUAAAGAUACUACUGAACUUUUGUGAAAAUCGGUUGUAACAAAUGUCAAUUUACGGAAAUAUAUUGUUUUACAAGACCACAGGAGAAUACAAGGAUAUUCUAUUCUCCUCUCAAAUUAUAUUGAAUAAGAUGAAAUCUAGACGCACCCAAAAGUCUACAAAACCCCGUUUACAAGACCCCAAACUCGCUGAUAAGGGGCACAAGUCAGCAUCGAAGAGCCAUGCCAAACCACCAUGUGAAUCUUAUCCUGCCCAAAAAAAGGCUUUCACUGGGAAACUAUUCUACUUAGAUUUGCCAUCAAACAGAAGAGCAGAGACAUUAGAGAAUGAUAUCAAAKGGUUUGGAGGGACGGUAGAGAAGGUCUUCAGCAAGGAGAUCAAGUACCUGGUGUCUAAUAAGAGAGAGGCCAGGUAUGUGCAUGUCAGCGACUCACUUGUCCCAAGCCCUGACUCUGGGCACAGCUCCCCACCCUCGCCCCGUUCGCGCAGCCACAGAGACAGCCUCAAAGGAAGCUCCCAGGGCCAGGCAGACAUGGUGGUCAUAAGCAGGGGCAAGUCUUUUGUGAAGAGAAUUGUAAAAGAGCAGGUGAGAAUACAGGUCAACGAGAUCCUGUCCAAUGCUCUGGAGUGGGGAGUGAAAAUCCUGUACAUUGAUGAUGUAAUAGCUUAUAUGGAAAAGAAGAAAAGGAAUGUUAAGUAUACUGCUGAAAAGCCAACCGCAACCACAGCUGCUGUCAAGAAAAGUGCCAAAGGAGAACCUGCAGGAAAUCCAGCCUUCCAGAAGUAUAAGGGUGGAAGGAUCCGUAAACCCUUUGUAAAGGUAGUGGACUCCAGCAGACAUUACCGUCCAAUUUAUCUGGCCAUGCCGAACAUGCCAGAGUUUAACCUAACGUCAGCUCCCCCUACGGUGGAGAAGUUCUUCAGCAAGGAGAUCAAGUACCUGGUGUCUAAUAAGAGAGAGGCCAGCCACAGAGACAGCCUCAAAGGAAGCUCCCAGGGCCAGGCAGACAUGGUGAGCCAACUAUUCCUCUCUGUGUCUGUGACUGAGGACCAGGAACACUCUGGGAAGAGACCUAAAGAGCACGGGUGUCUCAGGAACCGAGGGGCGAGAGUGUCAGCCAGUGAGGAGAGGGGGCAGGACCCGGCCAGGAGGAACAGGGAGAAGAAACGUGGAGGCUACUGCGAGUGCUGCACGCUCAAAUACAACAACAUCAAAGCUCACCUGCAGAGUGAGCAGCACAAGGCCUUCUCCAGAAGUGAUGAGUACCUGGUGGUGGACAGGCUCAUCACCACACUGCCCUUCAACUUCAGUCACGUCAAAACAACACAAACUCCAAACACAAGGUCAAAGUACAGCAUAACCUCCCUGUUGUGUGUUCCUGGACCCAGCAUACAGAUGGAGGAAGAGAAGGAGGGAGGUGUGGAAACCAAAGAGCUGAAGGGGGGAUUAAUGUCCCUCUGGUCUACUACAGUGGAGCACCCUCUCUCCCAGAGUGUGGAAAACCCCUUGGAACAGCCUCGGAAGCGCAGCCGAGGAGCCCCUGUUCCCCACAGCACCAGCGAGGGGGAGAAGAGGUGCUCUUACGUCCCAGACAGACCCCAGCCCAAGCACAGAUCCCUGUCCUGCAAACAACGCUGCCYACAGGGAUCCCCGCGCAAGCACCCCCAGAGGGCUGGGCUGAGUCAGACACCUGUGUCUAAUGCAGAAAUAGACCCUUCUACCCAUGACUCUGUCGCCAACCCCAGACUUUCCCAUCAGGGCCAGAGAACUCACACAGACAAAGAUGGCCACUCUUCAUUUAGUCACACAGAGGAUUUACAAUGUGGCGAUCCAGCUGGACGUGUGAAUUUCGAUUCCAGUCAGCACGAGGUGGCAGGGCCUUCAGAACACCACAAGCUCAGAGCUUUAGAGGAGAGUGAACUGAGUCAUGAUACGUUGGCUGGGGAUACUCUUCCCGGGAAUACUGUGGGUGUUUCGGAGCUCGAGGCAGGUGACACGGAGACACACACCCCUCCUCCUGCCAGGACGUUACAGAGGAGGGUCAGGGAUUACAGACGGAAGAGAAGGAAAGUUGAGAAGCAGCAGACUGCUCAGGAGCAGGAAAAACCGAGCAAUGUUCCCAGCAGCUCUCUGCUGAACCUCUGGCAGCUGUUCCACUCCAGUGAGGAAAUGGAGUGUGAGUUCAGAGGCUUUCCCAGCUGUUCAACUCCAGUGAGUACAUAGACUGGGAGUUCCAGGCCUUCCCCAGCUAGAGGAGAGUGGGGGGGGGGGGGUUUGGGUAACCCAGAAUCUUCCCAAUAUGAUCGCUAACCUGUUACAGACUCACUGUAUGAACUUAUUGUAUGACAGUUUCAUUGAGUGACAUAGCAGAUCUAUAUGGGAACCCGUUGACUGUGGCUCUUUAAACCUAUGACUUCUAUAAAGGGAAUAGUUCUCUUCAGGUUGGGAGGGUGGUGGCGCAACACUGUUGUGUUGAUUUAACCAUGGCAGCUUUUAGUCUACCUGGCUUUUUUACCAUGACUGGUUUUAUCUGGAGAACAGGCUGGAGCACUAUCCUCAGUCCUGUACAACGCCUGCAUGUGUUCUGGUGUCCAGAGGAACUGCAUGGUUGUGUUUUUGGUAUGUGGUAUUGUACAUUUAAAAAAUAAAAUAAAAAGGGAUACAACCGAAGGUC